CCGGCAUGGCGGAGCUGCCGCCCGAGGCGCGGGCCGAGGCGGAGGCCGAGCGGCGCGUGCGGGCCUGGGCGGAGGCGCAGCGGGCGCGGGGGAAGCGCGUGGCGCUGGUGACGUCGGGCGGGACGCAGGUGCCGCUGGAGGCGCGCGCCGUGCGCUUCCUGGAGAACUUCAGCAGCGGGCGGCGCGGGGCGGCCUCGGCCGAGCGGCUGGUGGGGGCCGGCUACGGCGUCUGCUUCCUGCACCGCGCGCGCUCCACCUUCCCCUGGGCGCGCGCCUUGCCCCCCCACGGGCCCGCGCUCCUGGACGCCCUGCGCGUGGACGCCGGCCCCGCCCCCGGCGUCCGCGCCGACGUGGGCGCGCUCCCGGGGCUCGUGCCCGCCCUCCAGGCCUACCGGCGCGCCAAGGACGAAGACGCCCUCUUGGUCGUCGAGUUCACCGGCCUGGUCGAGUACCUGUCGCUGCUGAGGGCUGCUGCCCGGGCCCUGGCGCCGCUGGGUUCCAGUGCCAUGUUCUACUUGGCAGCUGCCGUGUCGGACUUCUACAUCCCUGCUUCGGAGAUGCCAGAACACAAGAUCCAGUCUGUAGAUGGACCUCUCCAGAUCACGAUGAAGAUUGUACCGAAAAUGCUCUCCCCUCUGGUGAAGGAAUGGGCUCCCGAAGCGUUUGUGAUUUCCUUCAAGUUGGAAACCAAUCCUUCCAUUCUGGUUGACAAAUCUCGGCAGGCUUUGGAGAAGUACCGCCACCAGGUGGUGAUAGCAAACAUGCUCGACUCCUACAGGACCUCCGUGCUCGUGGUCACCAGGGAUUCAGAGAUGCAGCUGUCGCUGUCUGAUGAGGAACUGACCCGCGGCAUGGAAAUCGAGGAGAAAAUUGUGAGCCACCUUAAGUCUCGGCAUACAGCUUUCAUGGAGAAGUAGCCCCUU